ACUGUGCCGUCCAAAGUCCAGCAGGUGAGAGGCCCUGGGGCUCCUGGGUCCCUCCGCGGAGUCCGGGAGAGAUGGCCGGGUCUGGUGGCGGCCUCGGCGCCUGGGGGAGCCUGGUGCUGUUGGGCCUGUGUAGCUGGACGUGGACUGGAAGUGCCGCCCCCAAUGCAGUGAGAAACCUGACAGUGGUUGCUCAGACCAACAGCUCCAUCACGCUGACGUGGGAGGACCCCGAAGCCCCCGAGGACCCCAACACCCACAACUUCACCUACCGGGUCCACUGCACGGGCAACGAUGGCAGAAAUGUGACCCAGAACACGACAGCAGCCAGUGCCACUGUGGAUGGACUCACAGCGGGAACCUUGUACACGUGUCACGUGUGGGUGGAGCGGGAGGGGCUCAGCAGCCCCGUGGAGAUCGUCACUGCCGCCACAGCCCCCAAUGCAGUGAGAAACCUGAGAGUGGUUGCUCAGACCAACAGCUCCAUCACGCUGACAUGGGAGGACCCCGAAGCCCCCGAGGACCCCAACACCCACAACUUCACCUACCAGGUCCACUGCACUGGCAACGAUGGCAGAAAUGUGACCCAGAACACGACAGCAGCCAGUGCCACUGUGGAUGGACUCACAGCGGGAACCUUGUACACGUGUCAUGUGUGGGUGGAGCAGGAGGGGCUCAGCAGCCCCGUGGAGAUCGUCACUGCCGCCACAGCCCCCAAUGUAGUGAGAAACCUGAGAGUGGUUGCUCAGACCAACAGCUCCAUCACGCUGACGUGGGAGGACCCCGAAGCCCCCGAGGACCCCAACACCCACAACUUCACCUACCAGGUCCACUGCACUGGCAACGAUGGCAGAAAUGUGACCCAGAACACGACAGCAGCCAGUGCCACUGUGGAUGGACUCACAGCGGGAACCUUGUACACGUGUCACGUGUGGGUGGAGCAGGAGGGGCUCAGCAGCCCCAUGGAGAUCGUCACUGCCGCCACAGCCCCCAAUGCAGUGAGAAACCUGAGAGUGGUUGCUCAGACCAACAGCUCCAUCACGCUGACGUGGGAGGACCCCGAAGCCCCCGAGGACCCCAACACCCACAACUUCACUUACCAGGUCCACUGCACAGGCAACGAUGGCAGAAAUGUGACCCAGAACACGACAGCAGCCAGUGCCACUGUGGAUGGACUCACAGCGGGAACCUUGUACACGUGUCACGUGUGGGUGGAGCAGGAGGGGCUCAGCAGCCCCAUGGAGAUCGUCACUGCCGCCACAGCCCCCAAUGCAGUGAGAAACCUGAGAGUGGUUGCUCAGACCAACAGCUCCAUCACGCUGACGUGGGAGGACCCCGAAGCCCCCGAGGACCCCAACACCCACAACUUCACUUACCAGGUCCACUGCACUGGCAACGAUGGCAGAAAUGUGACCCAGAACACGACAGCAGCCAGUGCCACUGUGGUUGGACUCACAGCGGGAACCUCGUACACGUGUCACGUGUGGGUGGAGCAGGAGGGGCUCAGCAGCCCCGUGGAGAUCGUCACUGCCGCCACAGCCCCCAGUGAAGUCGUGGGUCUGCACAACGUGACUCAGACCAGCCGCUCAGUCACUCUGCGGUGGACAGCCCCCUCAGACCUUUACUCUGAGGGGUAUGUGUACAGGGUGCAGUGGAUCAAAGACAAACAGCCUCAGAGGAAGCAGGACCCUCGGGGAGAUGGAGCCAGUCAGACAGACAGGCUCUUGGACACGUGGUACAACGUGACGGACCUUGAGCCCGGCACCCUGUACGUCUUCAGCGUCUGGGCGGAGAUGAAUAAUGUGACCAGUUCCACACAGAGCCUCCGAGCGUCCACUGUGCCAGCCGCGGUUGCCAUCAACUCCUGUGUCAGCACCUCGGGGGGCUAUGCGGUCAUCCUGAACUGGUCCUGCCCCCAGGGGGGCUUCGACGCCUUCCAGGUACAGGUGGGCGGGAACAUAAUCAAGGAAAAAGCUAUCUGCAACAUCCCCCGGACUGUGGGGGAGCUCCAGCCUGCUCGGGCCUACAAAGCCACCGUCACUACUCUCCGGCAUGGGCUGAGCGCCUCAGCCGCCUCCACCACCUGCCACACCGAGAGCGGAGGGGUCAUUGCUGGGUCCAUCGUGGGCAUCCUUCUCUUCCUCGUCCUGGUGGGCCUGCUGGUUUUCUUCUUGAAAAACAGACAGAAGAAGAAGAGCCAGGAGAAGGCGGCGCCCAGGAACCUGACGUUCAGCUUCCCAGGGGACAUCCCGGCCCAAGAUUUCCCCGAGCACGUCAGGCGACAGGGCAAGGACAGCAACUACGGUUUCGCUGAGGAGUACCAGCAACUAGCUCUGGAGGGCCAAGGCCUGUCUCAGCUGGUGGCCUCCGCUCCCGAGAACGUCACCAAGAACCGCUACAGGAAUGUGCUGCCUUACGACUCGUCCCGGGUGCCCCUGAAACCCCUCCUCGGGGGACCAGGCUCUGACUACAUCAACGCCAGCUUCUUGCCUGGUUUGUGGGGUCCCAAGGAGUUCAUUGCAGCCCAGGGCCCCCUGCCGCACACCGUGGGUGACUUUUGGCGUCUGGUGUGGGAACAGCAGAGCCAAACCCUGGUCAUGCUCACCAACUGCGUGGAGUCUGGCCAGGUCAAGUGUGAGCACUACUGGCCCCUGGACGCUCAGCCCUGCACCCACGGGCAGCUGCGGGUCACCCUGCUGGCCGAGGAGGUGACAGAGAACUGGGCGGUGCGAGAUCUGCAGCUCCUCCAUGUGGAUGAGCAGAAAACACUCUCCACACGCCAAUUCCACUACCUGGCCUGGCCGGACCAUGGCGUCCCCCACUCUCCAGACCCCCUGCUGGCCUUCUGGAAGAUUCUCCGGCAGUGGUUGGACCAGACUGCAGAGGGAGGCCCACCCAUUGUGCACUGCAGCGCCGGCGUGGGCCGCACAGGCACCCUCAUCGCCCUGGAUGUCCUACUCCGGCAGCUGGCAUAUGAAGGGGCCUUAGGGCCCUUCAACUUUGUGAAGAAGAUGAGAGAAAGCCGGCCGCUGAUGGUGCAGACCGAGGCCCAGUACGUCUUUCUGCACCAGUGCAUCCUGCGGUUCCUCCAGCAGUCAGCCCCGGCCCAGCAGCUGGCUGCUGAUGACCCCAUGGUCGACCACAUCUACGAGAACGUGGCUGCCCUGCAGGCCCUGGAAUCAGAGUCCUAGGCCACA